AUGUUGCUGUGGUUGGGGCGGAUGGCGAGGCGGCGGGCUGGGCGGAGGCUUGGGCGAUGGUAUAGGCGAAGGGAUAGGCAAAGGGAGGGGAGGAGGGCGAGGGGGGGAGAGGCCAAGGGAGAUGCGGAGAGAGAGGAGGGAGGGGCGGUGGACAGGGAGGGGGGCGCGGCGAUGGGACGGGUGAG